CUCUUUCCUCCCUCCCUCCUUCUCCCCUCUUCCCUUCCCUCUUUCCUUGUGUUUGAGGAGAAGGUGUGGACGUGUGCGCAGGGGCCUCUCCCUUUGGGGCCACGUAUGGCAACGCAGCAAUCGGCCCCAGAGCAGAACGGGGCCCCUUGCAAGAACCCCGCUUUGCUGGCGGCACCUCUCUCCAGGGCGGCAACCGGCCCACCAAUAUGACCCUCCCGCAGGAACCCCCCGGAAGCCCCAUGGAGGUCCUUGGCUACCAGAGGAAGGCCUGGAAGGUGGCCCUGUGCCACGCGGCCUCGGCGCUCUCCGUGGGGCUCCCACUGCUGCUCUUCCACUGGAGGCCCCGCCUGGAGGUCCAGGCCAAGGGAAGCCGGUGCCCACUGCGCCAGGCCCACUGGGUGGUCAUCCGGGAUCAGUUUGGGCAAGACUUCACGGCCCGCGUUCAGGAGGAGCAGGUGGAGGCAGGCAGCCUGGAGGCCAGGGGAGGGGACCACGACGGGCGGAGCAGCAUCGCCAUCGGGGUCCACGGCGAGGACGAGGAGGGCCGGGACACGGUCAGGCUCCGGCCGAAGGAGGAUGAGGAAGAGACCACCGUCAUCCGCUACUACGUCUUCGAAGGACUGCGCUACAUCUGGAUGGAGAAGCGGCAGGCCUUCUGCAAAGCCAGUGUUUUGGACGAGGGCUUGUCUUGUUCCGACCUUCACGACGGGCAUCUAGGGCUGAGCGCCAAGGAGCAGGCCGCCAGGAGGAAGCUCUACGGACCCAACCUCAUCGACGUCCCGGUGAAACCGUACUUGCGGCUCCUGAAGGACGAAAUCCUGAACCCCUUCUACAUCUUCCAGAUCUUCAGCAUCACCUUAUGGCUCUGUGAGGAGUACUACUCCUACGCCGCCUGCAUCUUCGUCAUCUCUGCCCUCUCUAUCGGCGUCUCCCUCUACCAGACCAGGAAGCAAAGCGUCACCCUGAGGAACAUGGCCAGGCUCUCCGUCAGCGUCAGGAUACGCAGAGGACCCAAAGAGGAAGUGACGGUGGGCUCCUCGGACCUGGUGCCCGGCGACUGCCUGGUGGUCCCUCCGGACGGGAUGCUGGUCCCUUGCGACGCCGUCCUGCUGACCGGGGAGUGCAUGGUCAACGAAAGCAUGUUAACUGGGGAGAGUGUCCCCGCCAUGAAGACCCCUUUGCCCAGGGGCGGCCCGGCCUGCGCCACCUACUCCCCCGAGGAGCACAAGCGCCACACGCUCUUCUGCGGGACACACGUGCUCCAGGCCCGCUCCUACGCCGGGCCACACGUCCUGGCCCUGGUCACAAGGACAGGCUUCUGCACAGCCAAAGGUGACCUCAUCAGCUCCAUUCUCUUCCCGAAGCCGGUCUACUUCAAGUUCUAUAAGGACGCGGCAAAGUUUGUGGGCUUCCUGGCAGUUCUGGCCGGGUUGGGAACGAGUUACAGCAUUUUCAUCCUAAUUCGGAACAAGGUCCCGGUGAGGCAGAUUGUGACGCACGCACUGGACGUGGUGACGGUGGUGGUGCCCCCGGCUCUCCCGGCAGCCAUGACGGUGGGCACCAUCUAUGCCCAGAGCCGCCUCCAACGCCGCGGAGUCUUCUGCGUCAGCCCACCACGCAUCAACCUCUCUGGGAAGGUGCGCCUGGUCUGCUUCGACAAGACAGGGACCUUGACGGAGGAUGGACUGGACGUCUGGGGGGUGGUCCCAGUGGAGGAGGCAUCCUUCUUGCCGCUGGAGCCAGACCUGCGCCGCCUGCCCCCAGGACUCCUGCUCCACUGCCUGACUUCCUGCCAUGCCCUCGCUCUGCUCGGCGGGCAGCCUGUCGGGGACCCCGUCGACCUCCGCAUGCUCGAGUCCACCGGAUGGACCCAGGAAGAAGCAGAAGGGCCAGAAGCGGAGGCCCAGGUAUCCCUCCUUUUCCGCACCAAAGCCCUGGCGGUGAUGAGCCCCCCGAAAGCGCAGGAGGAGACGGAGGAGGUGCUCGGCAAGAAGCGCCGCUCCCCACCGCUGGCCCUACUGCGCCGCUUCCCCUUCUCUUCCGCGUUGCAGAGAAUGAGCGUUCUGGUCAAGCGCCCAGCCGAGGAGGAGGGCCCUGCGCAGGCCUACAUGAAGGGCGCCCCCGAGACCGUGGCCAGCCUCUGCCUCCCGGAGUCAGUCCCGGCCGAUUUCUCCCAGAUGCUGCACCAUUAUGCCAGCGACGGCUUCCGCGUGCUGGGCCUGGCGUACAAGCCCAUGGUGGCCGUCCAGACCUUCGAAGAGGCCCAGGAGGUGACCAGGGAGUCGGUGGAGAGCGGCAUGGUCUUCUUGGGGCUCCUGGUGAUGAAGAACGUUCUCAAGCCGGAGACGGCACCCGUCAUCCACUUGCUCCGCAGAGCUGAGAUCCGGACCGUCAUGGUCACUGGGGACAACAUGCUGACUGCGGUGAAUGUGGCCAAGAGCAGCCGGAUGGUGGAGCCCCGGGAGAAGGUGGUCUUUGUGAAUGCUGUGGCCCCCGGCCGUGGGAAACCAGCUACCCUGCGCUUCCUGCCUUCUGAGCAGCACCCCCAGGGCUCCUACCAGAAUGAGGGCAGCGGCAGUGCCUGUUUCCCGGAGGAGCCCCGCUGCCACCUGGCCCUCAAUGGGAAGUCCUUCGCUGUGGCUUGUGAACACUUCCCGGACCUCCUGCCAAAGAUCCUGAUCCAUGCCACCAUUUUUGCCCGCAUGCUUCCCGACCAGAAAACACUCCUGAUCCAGAGCUUCCAAGCCUUGAACUACUGUGUGGCCAUGUGUGGUGAUGGGGCCAAUGACUGCGGAGCCCUGAAGGCUGCUGAUGUGGGCAUCUCCCUCUCAGACGCAGAGGCCUCUGUGGCCUCGCCCUUCACGUCCCGGACCCCCAACAUCGAGUGUGUUCCCAUCGUCAUCCGGGAAGGCCGGUGCUCCCUGGUCACCUCCUUCGGGGUCUUCAAGUACAUGGCCCUCUACAGCCUGGUCCAGUUCGUCUCGGUACUUCUGCUCUACACGAUCGACACCAACCUGGGCGACCUGCAGUUCCUCUUCUUCGACCUGGUCAUCACCACCACGGUGGCCGCCCUGAUGGGCCGCACGGCCCCCUCCCCGGACCUGGCCCCCCGCCGCCCGCAAGGGGCCCUCCUCAGCGUCCUGGUCCUGGGCAGCCUCUCCCUCCAGACCGCCCUCCUCAUCGCCAUCCAGGUCACCGGGUACUUCGUGACCACCGCCCAGCCCUGGUUCGUCCCUUUGAACAGCAGCGUCCCGGCCCCGCAGAAUCUGCCCAACUACGAGAACACGGUGGUCUUCUGCAUCUCGGGCUUCCAAUACCUGACCCUGGCGGUGGUCAUGUCCAAAGGGCACCCUUUCCGGAAGCCUCUCUACACCAAUGUGCUGUUCCUGGUGGCGCUGGUCCUCCUCUUUGGCCUCAUGGCUUGGCUGACCCUCUCCCCGCUGCCCUUCAUGCGGCGCUGGCUGCAGCUCAAGAGCAUCGGGGACCUCCGCUUCAAGGCCGUCCUCCUGGGCAUGGCCACCCUCCACUUCUUCGCCGCCUUCGUCCUGGAGACCGGCUUGGACUACGGCCUACUGGACGGCCUGCGGUCCCUGCUGCGUCCCAAGAAGGCGCCCAGGAAGCUCUUCAAGCGGCUGGAGAAGGAGAUGCGCCGGGAGGGGGCCCCGUGGCCCCCGCUGGACCAGACCCUCAUCGCCAAGAGUACGAGCAGCAGCAGGGUCUCCAUCACGGGCAGAUGACCCUGCCGGCCCUUUGGACGUGGCCCCUAACUUAUUCCCUGCUCCCGGUGGGCCAGCUGACCCUCAGCCUGCGGGCAGACCCUGAGGAGCA